UCAACCGAGCCCCUGUAAGAUUGCAAUACUGCCACUGUCGCUCUUUGACAUUAGAUCUGCAAGCUUUUACGAUACAUGUGCCUUGUGACAAUAACGUUGGGAGCACAUGCUUUGAUAUCUGAGGAAUGCCAAAUUAGAUCUGAUUUCAGUGGAACCACGCAAACCUUGGACUGUUCUUCAGACUAUUAUUGAGUAGGGUUUGGACUGACGAAGACAAUCUUUUCGUCUCAGGAGACAGACAAGUUUGCUGGAUCUAGUGUGUAGGAAUCCAGGUGUGAAGGUGUUUCAGAGAUCCUCUUCUGGGAGUUUCAGAGAUCGUCCUAUGCGCACGAAUUAGCUUGAGUUAGUUGUUGGGUGCGCUGGCUCGACGGCCGAGUAUGUGGGUGAAAGAGAAAGAUUGGUAUUACUGAUUAGAACGCCGGUGGUUGUCAUGAGGGAUAUCUAGCAAGCGAGCAAUCCUUUUGUGGGCCCCUCGAGUGCGUGGUAUUUUGAGUCGUUGUUGGAUUAGAUUGUCUAUACGCUUUUGUUCCUCGAGACUCAAUUUUCUGUAAAAAAUGAAAGCAACUGAAAUCCAAACCUUUAGCAUUGUUUGGGUUUCACAUAACGUGAGGCGAGAUCGAAAAAUAGCAGUCGCAUUCCCGAUCUCUUGUAUUUGUCCGUAUGCUUUUGUUUCUCUUGAAAAUGUGGAUCAAGUGUCAUUUACUUACAUUCUGUGGCUUAUGUGACGUGGCGACUAUUUUUAAAUGACAGCGCUUCUCCUUUAUGCAAAUUACGAGGGGAUGAGUAACAAGUUCGGGAAUGCAGCAAAAGGUUUUGACAAGAUCUGCAGUAAAUUAGUUGCCACACCGAAACAUUGAUCCUGGCUUCAAGAGUGGUCCUCGGUAUUAAAUAUGGAGCUCGGUGUGAUAACCGAUCGUGUCGAUCCGAACCAACCAAUUUCCGAGACUUUGCGUCUGCUGAACUUGUAUACUGGGCCAGAUGCUGUUAGCCAUGAAGUUGCUAAUUACGACAACAUUACAGUUGAAGAAACCAUUGAGACUAUUGGAUUCGGCAAGUUUCAGAUGGGAAUCCUGACUUACACCGGCCUUGCUUGGCUGGCAGACGCUUCAGAAAUGAUUCUGUUGUCUUUCAUCGGUCCUGCGGCAAAGUGCGAAUGGGGGUUGCCUUCAUUCCAAGAAGGCGCCAUUUCGAGUUCAGUGUUUGUAGGAAUCUUUGUGGGUGCUUAUAUAUGGGGAUUAGUGUCUGACAUUAAAGGACGCAGAGUUGGUUUUUUGGCUACAGCUGUUUUCACUUUUUUCUUCGGGUUACUAAGCGCUUGGUCUCCAACUUAUUGGUUUCUUCUUCUUGCUCGGACACUCGUUGGUUUUGGACUUGGUGGCUCAUCAGUGAUCUUCUCCUUGUGUAUGGAGUUUUUGCCAGCUUCCUCUAGAGGUUUUUGGCUUGUUUUCUUGAAUGUCUUGUGGACGGUGGGCUCUGUAUCAUCAGCCCUCUUGGCUUGGGUUAUUUUACCGAAUCACAGUUGGAGGAUAUUAGUAGCAGUUUCUGCCUUGCCAUUCCUGCUGUUGCUUGUUUUCUACUCAUGGGUUCCUGAGUCUCCUCGAUAUUUGAUGGUCAAAGGGGAUAUAGAGGGAGCACGGGAAGUCUUAAGACAGGUCGCAUAUAUCAAUGGAAGAUCCUUGCCUACUGGCAACCUCUCACUUGCUAAGUCAUGUCAUCAAAUUAACAAUGAUAAGGUGGCCUCGAAGGUGAAUACUCCGAGUGACAGUCUUGAUGAGGUUCGUGGCGACACAAAUCAUGGUGGAGUCAAAGGAGCCUGGUCCAUUAUUCAACAAUUGUUUUCUCCUGAACUGAAGCUAACAACAAUCCUCUUAUGGACAUUCUUUUUCGCCAAUGCUUUCACCUAUUAUGGGCUGGUGCUCCUGACAACCCAGUUACCCGUCGAGUCCCACGAUGAGGUUGUCUCCAUGGACGCUGGGUGUAUGACAGACGGUAGGCCAGGAACGGACGUUGCAAGCUACAAAGCAGUUCUAAUCACCUCUUUGGCGGAGCUCCCAGGACUGGUAUUGGCUUGCCUGACAGUUGAACGUUACGGUCGGAAGGCCAGCAUGGGAGCUCUUCUCCUCGGAACUGGCCUCUUUGUAGCCCCUCUUUGGAAACCUCUCUCGGAAAUGGCUACCACCACACUCAUGUUUGGAGCUCGGAGCUGUAUCAUGGGUGCAUUUUCUAUUCUGUGGGCUUAUGCUCCGGAGCUCUACCCCACUAAGCUGAGAUCUACCGGCCUGGGUUUCAGCAACUCCGCCGGUCGCAUCGGUGGUUUCUUGUGCCCCUUCGUUGCCAUAGAAAUGAUGAAAAAUGGUCACAGGAUACUUUCAGUGACUCUUUUUUCUACGGUUCCUUUGAUCGCAAGCAUAGCCACGUUGCUCUUUCCAGUCGAAACCAAGGGGCUAAGGUUACCGGAUGACAUACAAUCGCACAAGCCAGGAGCUUCCUCUGAAGAUCAUUUGAGAAUUUGAUUUAUUUCGUUACUAUUUGCUGUAUACACUGUAGAGGGAUUUGUUUGAAACAUUGCCACUGAACUUUAGGCGGCUUUUGAGAAGCAGUGGCUUCAAUAUCCUAUCAGCAUUAGAACGCUGAAGACCUGUGCGUUGUGUCCACCAAAAGUCUUGGAUUCAUGGUAGCACUUGGUUUAGUGGCAUGCCAGAUUAUUUGCGCAGACAAGGUAGUUUUUCCUUGUAAUUUAUUACAUCAGUUGUGUUGCAAUCAAUACAUUCAUGAAUCAGUUUAGCACACUGCUAAGUUUCGAUGUG